CUGGCCCAGUUGUUGUUGUUCUUGUUGUUGCUUAAAACUUGUAUUUUGGUUGGUGUUGGGAGUUAUUUAAUUUGCUGAUGUUUUAGCAUAACAAACCCUGUGACUGAAGAAACUGGUACAGUCCAGCUUGCAUUUAUCUUGCAUCUGUUAUACACAGCCUUCAACAUGCCAGACAUGGAUGCUGAUAUCGGAGAGCAGUCAACUCGCCUCACCAAUGAUGACUUUCGACGUUUGCUCAUGACACCAAGGGCGGGAGCCCCAUCAUCGCUCCCGCCCUUGUCCUCCUUGCUCCAGUCAACAAUGAAAGACAAGGAGCUUGGAUCCAGCAAGACUCCUGCCGAGGAUGAUUUAGACGAUCGAGCUGAGCGUAGACGUAAGAAAAAGAGUUUCUAUGCUAAACUCAAGAAGCAGGAAGAGGAUAAAAUGGCAGAGUUGGCUCAAAAAUACAGAGAUCGAGCAAGAGAGCGUCGAGAUGGAGGCCAAGAUCAGCCAGAAGAUCCUCUUUCUGCAGCAAGUGGAUACCGUGCAGUAGCUCCUGAUCUGAAAUCUGGUCUUGAUGCCGCUGAAAGACGUAGGCAAAUGAUUCAGGAAUCCAAAUUCUUGGGUGGUGACAUGGAACACACUCACUUGGUGAAAGGUUUGGAUUAUGCGUUGUUGCAAAAAGUGAGGUCAGAAAUUCAAUCAAAGGAAAUGGAAGAAGAGGAAGAACUUGAAAGGCUUGCAGUUGUAAAACCUGUGGAACGUAAGGAGGAGAAGAAGGAAGCACCUCAAGAUAAAGAAAUGACAUUCAAGACCAAAUUGGGAAGAAAUGUUUUCCGAGCUGCAUUCCCAUCACAGAAAGUGGAGUUGAAUGAGAUGUUUGGAGCUGGCCGUAUGGCUUAUGUUAUUGAAUUGGAUGGGGACUUUGCUGAGACAGACAUUCCUACUACACUCAUUCGCAGCAAAGCUGAUGUACCUAGCCUUCAGACUAAUUCAACUUUAACCACAAAUGAUAUUGUAAUCAAUAAGCUGGCACAGAUUUUGUCAUACUUGCGUCAAGGGCGCCAUGGUAAAAAGGGCAGAAGGAAAGACAAGCCCGGCAAAAGAGGAGGAGUGGGCGAAGAUGAUCUGAAUAUUUAUCCGGACUUGGCAGAAUAUGAACCAUCCACAGCAACAUCUCACUUAGCAGCAGAGCAGAGAGCAAAGAAGAGAGCACCAUACUUCAGCAAAAUUGAACAAGACCCUGACGAAGGACCCUCUGCUCGCCUGAUUCCAAACCCCUCUGCUCUGGUCAAUGCACUUGGUGAAAGCAGUGGUAGCUCAGGGAAAGGGGAGGGUUCAAAGGCCAAAGGCAUGCUUCUUAAUCGCCUGGCUACUGAACCUGAAGGGUAUGCUGAGUGUUACCCAGGCCUUGAGGAGAUGCAAGAUGCUAUUGAUGAUUCAGAUGAUGAGGUUGAUUACACUAAAAUGGACUUGGGUAACAAGAAGGGACCAGUUGGCAGAUGGGACUUUGACACCCAAGAGGAGUACUCUGAGUAUAUGAACAAUAAGGAAGCACUGCCCAAGGCUGCCUUCCAAUAUGGUGUCAAAAUGGCUGAUGGUAGGAGGACAAGAAAAUUCAACAAGGAGAAAAAUGAGAAAGCAGAGUUAGAUCGCGAGUGGCAGAAAAUCCAGAACAUUAUUCAGAAACGGAAGGGUCCCACAAGCUCCAAAGAUUCAGAACCUUCGUUUAAGGUGCCUCGAUAUUAAAAGUUGUAUCUAUCUUUUACCAAUUGUAUCUAUACCAUCUUUAGUUAUAAGAUUAUCCUUAGCAAUAAGGAUAGCAAAGGUGUAAACUGUGUGAUGUAAUAUUAUUUGCAGUUUAAUAAUUAUUAACAGUGUGAUAACA